GUUGUUCAUACAACAUACAGCCGUACACGAGGGCAGAACACAAUCCUGGCGCGAGGGUUUUACUCGGAGACUAUACGUGCGGUAGAGUUUUUUUUCAACAUCGAGGCGCUCAUUAAUUCCGCUGCUUCCUUCGACGGUCGUUUGGUGUAGUGUUGAAAUCCUUGACACGGCGCGCGAUUUCCAUUUCCGUUCGUUGAAUAGUUUUUUUCUCCGCUCGUUCGUUGCAUUCGUCGUUGUUUUGAUAUCAUAUUGGAUUAAAAUAUCACCCGGCUUACUACGCGGAGUGGGAGGCAGUUAAUUAAAAAUACACGUACGCCAAUUUGCGUAUUACGGUGCUACACAAGUGAGUUUUUUUUCGAUUGCUCGCUGUACUUGGUGUCGGAUUUGAGUCUUGGUGGGAGACUAUCAGCGAGGUGCCUUUUGGAAUACGAAGGCUACUGAGGUGAAGCUAUUUUUGGUGCAGCAGCAGCAGAAGUAGAAGAAUAAUAACAACAGCAAUACCACCAGAAGCAAGAAGAAUAUUGAAGAAAAAAGGGGCUUGUUAGCAAGAUAAGCAAGGGAAAACGGUGUUUGGAAAGUGCAGUUUUUCCAACAGUUAUGGUGAAGUUUUCAUGACGAAGAGAGAAUUAUUUUGGGAGUUGUGGGGGUUUACUGUUGUGUUUAUCAUUCAGUUAAAAUAGCUAGUGAUGCUAAUUUUUUGUGAUGCCAUGGAAAAAACUUCGGUGAAGAAGAAAUGAUAUUGGAUAGUGGAAUAUAAAAAAAAGUCCAAAAAAUCGUGGAAAAACUAAGGGGAAAAGAUUGUCGUUUUUUUAUAUUGUAGAAGAAAAAAAGCUAAAACUGAGUGAAGUAAAAUGUCAGUUCCCAUGGCAACGGUGAAGCAAGAACGGCACGACGAUGCCGAAAUCAACGAGUUGGCGGCCAAGAUGAUGGAGGCCCACAAGCAGCAGACGGCCAAGGCUGCUAUGCAACAGCAACAACAAGUGGGUAGGCCUGUGAUUGGUGGUGUUCCGGUGGCGGGUGUGACAGGUAACGGGGCAGCUGCUGGUCAAACGAAUAUUCUCAAUUAUCUGACCCGCAAACCUGGACAGCCGGUGCCGCAAUCGAUUGGUAACACGACAAUUGCUCCGGUUGGCGCUACCGGAACCGCUCAAACAAAUGGCAAUUCCGCCAGUAAGACUGAAGAUGCGAACGGCGAGAAGAAGGCUUGCGACGAGGAAAGCCAAAAGGGUCAUUUUGGCUGGGAAACCUUUCCCGGCAAGAUUCACAUUCCGUACAUCUUUCGACAAUCGGAACGAUACUGCGCUGUGCGUAUGGUAGAAAUGAAACUGCUCAAUAAGUACUUAAACUAUCUACACCAGGACAUCUACAGUUGCACCUGCGUGAGGUCCUACUACAUAACGGAAGCCGAGAGCAAACUGUUCAAUGAAAUCAACACCAAACAUUGUGAUUUCCAGUUUGGCCGGGAAAUGUUUACGCUCAAAGAUCUGGUUGUGCGGCUGUCCGAUGCCUACAAAUUCUAUCAGUUCCUAGACGUCUGCUACAAGAAGCUUCUUAUGGGCUGUAGUACACCGAACGACAAAUGCGGCUUCAUCCGCAUCAACAAAGAGUCCGUAGUUCCUUACACCCUUCGAGACAACCAAAAAAUGGUGCCACUGUUCUACUUCGAGGGAGAGACUGAUAAUCUUAAGUUAAAAGCCGAUUACUUGUCCGGAUGGGAUUUGUCGUAUCUGAAGUUUUGCUGCAAAGUUCAAGGCAUCCGAAACGAACUUUUUGCCAGCGAUUCUGUAGCCGUUAUCAGCUUAACCGACAUAAAGGGCUAUUUUCCUCCGGGGACCGAGUUUGAAGACUACUGGCCUAGCAAGGUAGUAGACUCGCAGCUCCUUUCCGGACCCAAGUCAAACAAUACCGUUCACUGGACCAGACAGCCAACCCAACCGCCACCCAAACAACCCACCAUGAUGAACAGCAUGGCUGUGAAACAACAACAACAGCAGCAACCGCAAGUUCGCAAAACGGCCAACAACAUGUACCAAACGUUGCAACAGCAGCAGCAAAACCUCCAGAAGAACAAUACUCAAAUGUCAAACAUUUCGGCUGCAGUUCAGGCCCUCACCAACAACUGGAAUAUGUCGAACCACGCGAAUCUGCUCUCGGCCGCCCAGCAGGAACAGUUACUGAGGCUAACGCAGGCCCAGCAGGCUGCUCAGGCGCAGGCACAGAUCCGGAACAUGCAAAACAUGCACUCGAUGCAGUACAACUCAUACAUGAACCCAACGAUGUCGAUGACUUCCCGGACAAAUCAAAACCAGGCCGUGCCUCCGCCACUGGUGCGAUCUUCGCAAUCUCAGGCUGCCCAUCUGUCUAACAUGGCAGGAGCAGCAUCAGCGGCCAGUUUAUCACAACAGCAACAACAGCAGCAGCAACAGAAACGCAUGAUGAAUGCAGCAGCCGCGGCUGCAAUGAGCAAUGGCCGAUCGAACGCCACGAUCACAUCAUCCAGCGGCUAUCGGUCGAAUACGGCCGCUGCUCUCCAACAGCAACUUCAGCAGCAGCAGCAAGCCGUUGCGGCGGCUCAAGCAGCACAGGCCCUCGGUGAUGCCGGAGGCACCCGGCACGGCAAUGUCAUUAUGCUGCCCGAAAUGAGCAUAGUCGGAACACCCUACAAACCGUACGAGGUGGUGAAGAAGCCGAUCGAGAACAAAACCAUCUACUGCAUCAACAAGACGCCCUACCGGAACAACGAGUACUUGAUGACAAUUCAGGACCUCAAGGAUGUGUUCUUCCCCUACAUCAGUCUGGACGUCUGCCGGAGGGUUCUGAAUGCUUUGGAUAUCAAUCUAUUCAUCGGAAAUAGCUUACAAUAUCAAGCGCUCAUGGAGGCUGGACGAUCGAACGUGGACAAGAUGCCGCUGGUGCAGGUGGUGGAUGUGAUGCAGUUCAUGCCCCAGCUACAGUACAUGGUCCGGGGUCAGAUAGGCCAGGAAACACCGGCCAACAAGCGGGCCCGUAUCAGCUAGGAAUUGGGGUGGGGGGUACAGCAACCGUGCCCUCAGAGCACAGUAGUCCCCGAUAGCAGUAUCAACAACAGCAGCAACAGCAGUCUAAUUACGAGCAGCACUAGCAGCAGCAUCCAUCACAAUCAACAUCAUCACUCUGGCAGUGUGAGCGCUUCGUGGAGUUUGACGCCGACUCCUCCAUCGACAAGCAACGGUAGCACUGGCAGCAGCAGUGCGACCAAAAAAUCUUCUUCAUCAUCGUCAAACGCCGGCAGUGCGUUUGGAUCAGCGGCCAUUGUCAGCAGUAGCAGUAACAUUGGCGUUGCCAGUGGCUUUUCAUCGCCAACGAACCUCCUAAAUUUUGACAAGAAAUCAUUAUCGUCUUGUCGUUACCAACAAGAGAAAGCAGACUUCUUCCAAGAUGCUUCUAGUCGAAUGCUUGCCCAGACACCGUCUUCUAUGUAUGCUUUCCAAGAAUCGGCACUGGCUGUAGCUGCCGCAGCAGCAGCUGCCCAACAACAGCAACAGCAGCAACAAGCCGUCGCCGCAGCCGCUGCAGCCCAACAAGCGGCUGUCGCAGCAGCUGCUGCCCAACAACUCACUGCUGCCAGCAAUGCUGCUAGCAUAUUUGCGCCACAUUUCGCACCCGGAUCGUAUGGAACCAAUCCGAUGCAGGUCGGGUCUUACGAUAACACUGCCGCAACUGCUGCUCGUUCCUGUGCUCUUCCAUCACCUACUAUCUAUCCGCCAACCCCCCCACCAUCAGCACCCUGGAUACAUCCCUGGUACAGUGGCGACACAUUUUAGUCAUAUAACUUGCCGUUAGCGGCAUAAGCAGUAUUGAUGAAACCCCAUUUCGUUUUAUCCUUUCAACUCAUUUCUUCGUUAUAGAAUAACUAAUCGAAAAAAACACAUCAUUGAAAUAUACCACUAACUUCCCAGAAAAAUAGCCAAUUUCCGUGAGUGAAUGUCCAAAUAUUGAGUUGUCGAUACCACCGCAACCUUUCAAACAAAUAAAUAGUAUUCUGAGAAAACUCAGCUCGAUCUAAUCUUAGGGAAGAAGUAAAUUGCAAAAAUUCAAAACUAAAAUUUUAAUCAUAUGAAAUGAUUGUAAAACCAAAAACACAGAACAAAAAAGUAGCUUUAGGAAACUUCGAUCAUUCUUAAGACCAAACUCAUUUUCAAUAAACUUUCAAUUACUGCUUUCAAAUCCCCAUUCCUCAUUAGAAUCUCCUAUUACUAUUAAACAAAAAAAAACGAAACAAAAAAUAAAUUGAAUAUUCCUUUUUCCAUCCUUUCCAACCCCCCAAGUCACAGAAAAAAAAAUCAAAAUCGCUACAAAAAAAAAAUUCACAUCCAGUCAAAGCAUCAUGAUAAAUUAUUGAGAUAUUGAAAUCUAAAGUUACUACUAUUCGUAUUUUAAAUCAAAUGUAACACUCAGUGUUUGCCAGCUCCUUAUAAAUAAUACAACUUGUGGCGAGUUGUAAAUAAGACGAUAAACUAUGCUAUUCUCACAAGAUUAAGAGGGGCAAUGAAUCAUCCACACAUACAAAUACAUAAACAAAUCAUAAAGCGUUGCUGUCGUAGAUCAAUGGCUUAUUAGGGUGUGCGUGCAUACAAUUGCGCAAGGAACCGCGAAUCCUUGGAAAACAAAUCUCGCGUUCAAAAACGAUAAUUGAGCAAAACUAGGCGCAUAAGUAGGAAAGAUUAACUUAAUCGAUGCAGUGCGAGAUUUAAAAACGAAUAUGGAAAAAGAACUGAAUAUAAAACUUAAAGGAAAAUGCAAUGGACACGCGUGUCGUUUCUAAGUUCAAUAAAGCGGCAUUCGUCCAACUAUGCCGAGAUCAAGAACCGAUUAUCGUUAGGAUUUCUACGUAAAAACGCUAAAAAGCGACUGGAAAACUUUUGUUUCCUAUUAAUAUCCCAUUCUAUGAGGAUUCUAGUAUGUAUACAAUAAUAACAGUUAACUAAGUUAUUCAGUAAGAUUUUGUUUUCUUUUUAAGUAGGAACCAAUGAAUGUAAGAGACAAUUUUGUACAUGUUGAUCUAUUGCGUUUGUCCACGUGCGCAUAAAAGUGAAUAUAAUUUGACAGAUAGGUUAUCGAAAAAGAGAAAUUGAUGGAGCAGAUUUUAGACUAUUAUUUUGUUAUAUUCAUUGAGGUUUUAAAACUACGUUCACCUCACUAUUUAUGGUUUAUGUUUUAUUUAUUUCACUGCACCACGCGUGCACUGCUUUUUGGUUGCUCUAAUAAGCUUUGUACUCAAGUCGAUGCGUACACCACAUAGAUGGAAAAGAAGAGAGAUAAACAAAAGGUACUUGUUUAUAUUAAAUAUGUCCCAACUAUUAAAUGACUAUCCAAAAAUAAAACAUCGAUUCUAUUGUCAGUGUGCUAUCAUGUUCUUCUGAUAGUAGAAUCCAGUGAAUUAAAA